CGAACCGCUUGCAAUCAGUCAGUUAUUACCGGUCGCCUAGCUCGGAUUGGAAUUUACAUCCUUGCUAACUUUUACAAAUAACGCUCAACACUAGCGGAAAACAGUGUAUGAGCAAGGAAUAAAUAAAACAGUGAUCUUUAUAAUAGAUACGAAUUACUUGUUAAAUGAACGAAUAAUUUGGUUUCCAGGAGAAAACUUUUGCAGUGUUUUUUAGUGUGUUUUUGUGGUCAAUACAGCGCUUAAGUUAAAUAUGACACCGCUUGUGUAGUGGGAAUAGUUAUUACACAAGCAAAUAAGCGAACAGAUUGAAUAAAUUAUUUCGUUCUCCGAUAUGUGACGAGGCAAUAUGAGAAGAGGAAACCGCAAAAUUGUGACAACUAAGUUGACUGUGUAUAAGUUUUAUACACAAUUAUAAGUAGAACGAUCAGUGCAAAAAAUUAUAUUUAUAUAUACACACACCAAGUGAUAAAAAAGAAAAACAUUAAUCCAAAAAUCGUGUAUGUGGCAAGAAACGGAAAGUUGGAGACACAUCAAGUUUAUUGUAACACUGAAGAGCGCAAAGCGCUACCAUAGAUACAGUUCACGGUUCGCUAAUAGAAUGAUGGAGAACUCAGAGGGUACAGAAUCGACCCAUAACACAAAGAUCUCCGAUUCCGGAUAUUCCUACAGUUGCAGCAACAGCCAAUCCCAACGCAGCGGCAGCUCCAAGUCCCGUCACAGCAACUGGUCUGGCACUAGCGGUUUCAAUGGCAAGGGAAGUGCUCUGCCGGACGGAACAACCGCUACGCCACAACCACCAGCGAAACGCAUCAAGGACAAGAAUCGUAAAAGGAAGCUCAAAAAUUCUGCCGAUUCCGUGGUGGUGAAUGAAUCCGAACUCACUUGCAUUUCCGAUGUCACCGAUGGUCAAGAUGAGGGUAAAAUUUCAAUACACGUAUCAUCCGCUGCCGAUCAGCAGGAAGCUCCCCAGAGUCCAAUGGAAGCAGCAAACGUAGUUACAGCAACCAUUGAAAACCAAGAUCAUGCAGUUGAAGUAGAGGACCAAUCACCGAUAGAUCAGUCAGAAAUACAUCAAUCUAUCAGAAUACCGAUAACCCCUCCCCGACUUUCACCAAGCCGUUGCACUGGACUUUCUCCGAAAGAAAACCAUGAACCAGAAGUAGAGGUCAGUAUUCGAGAGCAGCUGGGUGGGUCAAUCACACCGGCAACCCCCAAACCUAACAAUAAAGAGGGAUUCUACUGUGUCAUCACGGAAUACGACAGCGUAGUUUUGUACACAACGCCGGGCAUAACACAUUGUAUAGGUUUUCCGAAAGAUAUGUGGCUGGGUCGAUCGUUUCUUGAUUUCGUCCAUCCCAAUGAUCGAGCGUCGUUUGCUAGACAAAUCACUUCCAAAGUGAGCAUACCCGUUGGCGAAUGCAAUCAAAAGAAUCAAAAAAACUCAUUGUACGCAUCGUUGCGCAAAUACAGAGGGCUGAGAAGUAGUGGUUUCGGCGUUACCAAGACUGCGGUAAGUUACGAACCGUAUCGGUUAGUACUGACCUACCAUGAAGCACCUACUGGGUACAAUGAGUUCAUUACGAAUACUGGUAAAAACAACCUGCUAAUAAUUUCUGCAACUCCAAUCAAAAGCGUAUACACUGCACCAAAUGAGCAGUUGAAUGAAAAAGAGUUAAAAUUCAGUACCCGUCAUACCAAUGCGGGAAUUUUAAGCUAUGUCGAUGAAAGCUCUGUCGAAUCGACCGGAUAUCUACCGCAAGAUAUUCUAGGCCGCUCUAUAAUGGAGUUAUACCAUCCCGAAGAUAUGCCACUUCUGAAGAAAAUUUAUGAAACUGUAAUGUUGAAAGGGCAAACAGCUGGUGUGUCCUUCGUGAGUGAACCGUACCGAUUUUUGGUGAAAAAUGGCGACUACGUCGUGCUGAAAACCGAAUGGACCAGUUUUGUUAAUCCAUGCUCUCGUGAGCUAGAGUUUGUCGUUGGAAGACACCAAAUAAUAGAAGGUCCAGCGAAUCCUGACGUAUUUUCAUCGCCAUACUGUUGGCAAAACACAUAUUCCUUCCCCAGAGAGCUGUUGAAAAAAGCCAAAUCGAUAGAGGAGCAAAUUUUGCGAUUGUUGAACGGACUAGUGGCAAAGCCUCUGUGUACCGUUAAGCAAGACUUUCUGACGCAUUGUAAGGCAAUAGCUUCCUUUAUGGAGGAGCUGGUAGAGAAAGUUACACAGUCAGAAGGUAAAAACAAUGCAUUGAAUGAAUCCGAAUUCACUUUUUCAGAGCGAGUCUCUGUUAUGCUUGGCGAGAUAUCUCCACAUCAUGAUUAUUUCGAGAGCAAAAGUUCUUCAGAUACAUCACCGUCCUACAAUCAGCUCAAUUAUAAUGAUAAUCUCCAACGUUUUUUCGACACCCACCCUGUGAUGAACAUCAAAGAAACGUUUAAAAUAGAUUCUUCCGGCUCGACAAGCACGGGAACCAUCGAAGAUCAAGCUAAUGCAAGUCCUAAUCAAAAAUUCUGGGCAAGCGGCGAAGGAAGUGGAAGCAGUGCAGGAAAUGUGAGCUCGGAAAGCAACAAUCAAAUGGACAUUACUAGAAAUAUACCAAAUAAUAUAAAGAAUUUAUCGGAUGGAUUUCAGCUUCCAACAUUGACAGAACAAAUGCUUUCUAAGCACAAUGAAGACAUGCAGAAUGUAAUGUUAAAGAGACAUCGAAAAAUGCGGUCUAUGGCACGAGGUACAGAGAAGAACAAGAAAGGUCCACUAAAUAAAGCACACGCAAAAUUAGCACAUGGAGUUAAACGAAGCUCCGCACACUCCUGGGAAGGAGACGUUCAUAAAACUGUUAAACAUCAGCAUAGCCCGAAUACUUCUGGCGACUGUCAACUUCAGCUACCCCCACCACAACCACAAAUACCUCUUAAACCCUCGUCAUCACAACCUACCGUCACUAUGGAGUCUUGUGCCUCGGCUGUAUACUCAUCGGCGGUCUCCGUUCUCAAUCGACUGCCUUCUAUGCUUCAAACAUACACAAUACCUCACAACGCGUGGUUCCACACAACCCAGAGUUCUACCAUAUGUACAAUUCCACACAAUGCACACACUUCGAUGGCCAAUCGGGCUGUUUCGAAAUCAUCUAGGAAAGAUCCCAGAAUGAACAGCAACUUCCAACAUGAGUAUAUGAGGAAAGGACGCUCAAGUGGGCAGAGAACAUCAAGCGAAAUCAUCGAUGACACCAACGAAUCAAGCUUUUCCAGUUUCUACUCAAGUUUCCUAGAUACGGAUAGCUCCUCAGGGAGGACACCAGUACUGGAUCCUAGUGAACUGAUCUGGGAUACCGUUGGAAGUCAUCCUGUGCUCAAGAAUCGAAGAACUGAUCCACCCUGGUUCGACAACGUUUGUCAAACAGAGGAACUCAUCUACCAGUAUCAGUUAGGCGAAAAAUCCGUGAACAACUUACUGGAAUCCGACUUGGCUGCCUUAAAAAAACUGAAUCAGCCAAUUCUGGUAAACGAUCAGCUGGAGCAACUGUAUGUCGACCUGGAAAGCAGAUGCCUAUCAGCCAAGUUAUCCCUCGGUGAAAGCACAUCCAGCAGUAGCAGCGAUGGUUGCGACAACCAGAAUAAGGCUAGAAUUGUUAAACGAAACCAUAAAUACAGCCGGCUGGUGUGGAUCUACGAAGAUAACGCGCCGCUGCCACCGCCCGACGUUAAUAAAUGAUUUGACUCCUUUAUAGUUUGAACGGCUUCAACUUGGAAUGCGUUAUCAUCUCGAUUAGAGGGGAAUAACGCAUAAAAUACAAGGUUUCCGAUAGAAAAUUCUAGAUUGCUGGAGACCAACUUUGAAAUGUCCAAACCAGUGCUGACUAUCGCAGAUGUUUUGAGGCGGCGCCAGACAUGUAGUAUUCAUCAAAUCCCAAGAAACAUUUCGACAAGUAAUGGUGCAUAUCUGUUACAAAUUACUCUACGGAUCAAAGCGAACAGCGCAUAUAUACCAUGCAUGUCUGAAAUUGCCUUCACAAACGUAUGCUAAAACUUGUUCAUAAAUUUGCACUGGGUGGUCCAGUGCCGACAUGGUGAUGCGGUGCUCCGGAGAGAACUAGCAAGGUUCACCUCCCGGAACUCCAUCUAGUCUAACAUUCAUAUAGAAUAUUCCCGCUUAAUGAAGGGUGAAAUUUAUAUAGACGGUUCGGUAAUGCUCAAAACUAAUUGAGCCCAGAAAGUUUUGUUAGUUGGCUUUUGAGUUGAGCGUAAUAACUUCAUAAAAUAAUUCAUAAUUUACACAAUAUUUGUUGGUUCUAUGUUUGCAACUUACCAAGGAAAUAUCUCCGAGUUACAUGUUAUUUGUGGUACAACUAGUCAAAAUGUCCAUGCUAGUUUAAAUGGUAUUCCAUGUUUAGAGAAUGAUAAACUAUUUAUUAAAUAUAAAAUAA